UUACAGGUAUAAUAACUACAGAUACAGUUAUAAUAACUAUAGUUACACCUGUGACAACUAUAGUUAUAAUGUUGCAGUUACAGUUCUAAUAACUAGUUACAGUUAUAAUAACUACACUUACAGUUAGUUAUAAUAAUUACAGCUACAGUUAUAAUAACUAAUUAUAAUAACUACACGUACAGGUAUAAUAACUUCAGUUACAGGUAUAAUAACUUCAGUUACAGGUAUAAUAACUACACGUACAGGUAUAAUAACUUCAGUUACAGGUAUAAUAACUACACGUACAGGUAUAAUAACUGCAGUUACAGGUAUAAUAACUGCAGUUACAGGUAUAAUAACUUCAGUUACAGGUAUAAUAACUGCAGUUACAGGUAUAAUAACUACACGUACAGGUAUAAUAACUUCAGUUACAGGUAUAAUAACUGCAGUUACAGGUAUAAUAACUUCAGUUACAGGUAUAAUAACUGCAGUUACAGGUAUAAUAACUUCAGUUACAGGUAUAAUAACUGCAGUUAUAAGUGUAGCUGUGACUGUCAUGCUGCGGGGGAACAUAAAAACACAUUUGAUAGAGCACCAUAGACUUUGAAUGGAGAGCUCAGUCUCUCUCUCUCUCUCUCUCUCUCUCUCUCUCUCUCUCUCUCUCUUAAUCUCUCUCUCCCUCCUCCACCUCUUAUUUAAAGCUAGCUGACUGCUCGCGCUGCCACUCUUUCUCCUCUCUCACACUCUGUCUCUCUCUCUCUCUCUCUCUCUCUCUCUCUCUCUCUGUCUCUCUCUCACACACACACACACACACACACACAGAGGCGGCUCGAGACUCCUCUUCCUCGGUGUGUUGGUUGUUUUCUUGUCGGGAGACCUGAUCACAGGAGCGCGCUCCCGGCCAUGUGUCGGCGCGCGAGUUUGUCGCGAGCUUCCUCCAAGUCUUCUUCUCCGAACACGAGGGCGCGCGCAUGGUGAGGUUCUGCUCGCUCCCGCCGGCUCGUCGGCAGCGCGGAGGCGGCAGGCGGGAGCUGCGGCGCGUGCACAAGGAAAGAGAAGGGGGAACGGGAGCGGGAGCGCGCGCCAGCGCGAGGUUCAGGCUCCGGCUUCCCCGAUUGGCUCUCGGCCGUCGUCUGCGUGCGCUCGGUAACAGCGCGUCGUCUCGCCCCGCCCCCUGGCGUCGCCCAGCAACCGGCUUCUUGCGGCCGCUGGCCAAUCGGGUGUCGCUGUACCGCUCCAUCCCGCUGCGGCUGCUGUCCCGGUGUUGGGGGCGGGUCAACGGCGUGGAGCUCCCUGGUUGGCUGAGGAAGCCGCUGCUCGGCCUCUACGUCUGGACCUUCAACGUCAACAUGCAGGAAGCAGCGAUUGAGGACCUGCAUCACUACAGGAACCUGGGCGAGUUUUUCCGGCGACGCCUCAAACCGGCGGCGCGUCCGCUGUGCCCCUCCUCCUGCCUGAUCAGUCCAGCUGAUGGGAAAGUGCUGCACUUUGGUCGGGUGGUGAACUCGGAGGUGGAGCAGGUGAAGGGCGUCACCUACAGCCUGGAGAACUUCCUGGGUCCGCACGGCGGCUCCUCCCCCUCCUCUGGCUCCUCCUCCUCCUCCUUCUGUGACAGGCUGCUGUCGUCCAAUCAGAACGAUCUGUUCCACUGUGUGGUUUACCUGGCGCCAGGUGACUACCACUGCUUCCACUCGCCGACCGACUGGAAGGUGGAGCUGCGACGCCACUUCCCCGGCUCGUUGAUGUCAGUUCGUCCGGGCGUGGCUCGUUGGGUCAAGGAGCUCUUCUGCCUUAACGAGCGUGUGGUGCUCACCGGCCAAUGGCAGCACGGCUUCUUCUCGCUGACGGCGGUCGGAGCCACCAACGUUGGAUCCAUCAGGGUUUACUUUGACCAAGACCUUCAGACCAACGCUCCGCUCCGCGGCAACGCCUCCUUCUACGACCGCCACUACAUCAACCAAUCAGACACCUCCGGCCCCUCGGAGGCGGGCGGGGGCGUGGCCUUGCAGAAGGGGGAGGGGCUUGGCGAGUUUAACCUGGGCUCCACCAUCGUGCUCGUCUUCGAGGCUCCCCGACACUUCCAGUUCCACCUCCAACCCGGACAGCCAAUCAGGUUCGGGGAGGCGCUCGGCAGCCUCUGAUUGGACGAGGACGAGGGGCGGGCAAAACCAAGCAAAAAGGACUAUUACUUUGAAAAGUAGAAAGGCAGGGACAGGAGGGCUUUUAUUUUGGAAUGCAUUGAUCUGAACAAAGCUCAGUGUUUUUUUUCUCUGUUCUGUUUUUGUUUAUUUUACUUUUCUUUGUUUUUGUUUGUCAACAUGAAUUCAAUAUGGCCGCCACAGCUUGUGAAGAUACAGUUUUUUCAAAAUAAAAUACAUUUAAAUCUGAAAUAUAAUCAAAUCAAAAUGUGAGUACAUUUUCUUUAAAGAAGAAAAAAGUCAUAAUGCCUCAACUUAAAAGUAAAAAAACUGACAAUAUAAAAAGCAACAGAAUUUGAAAUAUUCAUGUAUAUUUCUAAAAAUAUUAAUAUAAAAUGGUUCAGAUAUAAAAAGUUGAACAGGAAUCCAAAGUGAGUGGAAGGAGGGCUCAGUGUGACGGCGCUGAGUCAUGUGACCUCGCACAGCCCUGUGACGGACCAGGACAAGGUUUGCUCGGGGAUUAUGGGUAAUUUGGGUGGGUUUUUCCCUUCAAAAUAAAAGAAUAUUAUUCUUAACAUAUGAAAAUAAAAAUUUGGUUGUAUUUUAUUUAAAAAAGAAUACAACAAAACAAAAUACAUAUUCUUCUUUAUUUUGGAAAAAAGCCCUAGCUCUUUGCCAGGUGGAUUGUGGAUUUCUUUCGUAUCAUAGAAAGCAAGUAAUUUUUUUCUUAAAUUAGAUUUUUGAUUUUGUUUUAUUUUUGAAAAGAAGGAACUCCAACUCCCAGAAUGCCGCUCUGCCAAAAGACUAAACAACGCCAAACUCUCUCUCUCUCUCUCUCUCUCUCUCUCUCUCUCUCUCUUUUUUUUUGCAAAAAUCACAUUUAUUAGAAAACUGAUAAAAAAUUUUUUUAUCCAUCACUAAUAAUUAAUAUUCAUAACAUUAAUAUGAUUCUAACAUCAGCCGAUUGCAAUAAAAUAAGGAUGGAAUUUGGACUAAUUUCCAACAUUAGUUGGUGAAUCUAAUCACAACAUUUUCCAAACAAAAAUAAUAUCUCUUUAUUUUUCUUGAUAACAGUUUUGAAAAUUCUGCAAAAAUUUGUCAUAAUUUUGUCCAUUUUUAUGUCAAAUGAAGGACAACACUUUGAGUCAUGCUGAGGACUUUUAUUUUGAAGAAAUGCCACAUUGAACACUUUUAUCAUUUUCAUUAAAUCCAGAAAAAAAACGUCCAGUUACAUUUUUGUCACUUCUCUUUCUUCUUUUCCGUUCGUAUAAAUAAAGUUUGCAUCGUUUGAAUGUUAUUUGUCUCUUUUAUGUUUGGAUCCGACCAAUCAGAGCGCUCUGAAAUUUAACUCUGAUAAAUUUAGCAAAGCAGUCUUUUAUUUUGUUGAACGAUGAACAGGAAGUUGGACGAAGGCUGUGAUUGGCCGGCACAAAUCAACAGGAACUGAAAGAUUGCAGGGCAGGCAGUGUAACUCUUUCAGCCAAUCAAACGUGAGCUCAGCAACCUUCCGGCCAAUCAACAGCUGUGUUUCUUGUUGCUGUCGAAGUUAAAAUGUGAUGUUUGUAUGUAAUUAUAUAAAUAAAGAUUUAUUUGAAUAAC